AUGUGGCAAAGCACAGACUUCCUGUUUCACCCACUGGCAUCUCCCUGCUGUUUUCUCCGUCUUCCAAGAGUGAUCCCAGGGCCCAGCCCCUGGACUGGUGAAAGGGGAAGGAGCAGAUGGCAGACCUAGCAUCCAGGAUGCCCACCUUGACCAAGGCCAUAGAAGAGACUCUUCACCAGCACUUUGUAUACCAGAAGCUAGAGAUUGCCUAUGCCAUCUACAAACCAUUUCCCUUCCUCGAAGGCCUCCGAGACAAUUCUAUCAUCACUGAGACAAUGUACAGGGAAUCCAUGGAAGCCUAUAGAAAUAAGGUCCCCAUACCCAGAGUGGUGUACAACAUCCUCACUCACCUGGAGAAGACCUUCAACCUGUCAUUUCUGGAGAUAUUGUUCAGCCAAAUUAACCUGUAUGAAUACCCCAACCUGAAGACAAUUCUCAAGGGCUUCAAAAAUGCUGUCAUUUCCUACCGACAAUGGAACAGAACUGUGCCCACACUCCUCGAAGCCCCAGCCUACCCAGCAGAAGGGCGCUCCCUCCAGACACUGCUGCCGUUGCUGCCUCCCCAACACCCACCCCAUGCACCCAGUGUCAGUGAGCCCAGCGCGUCCACACAGCACAGAGCUGAGAUCUUGGGCGAACCAUCCAGCCCUCCUGGUCCUGCUGUGGCUCUCCCCCAAGCCACCCAGGAAAGAAGGAUCACUCCAGACGAAGACUCACAAGAGAUCCCCAGCACGCCUCCUGACACUGUGCAAGUGAUAAGAGAUGACUCUCCUGAACCAAAUGACCCCAAAGAGCUCCAGGAGGCAUCCAGCACACCUCCCAAAAAGAAAGGAAAGAAAAGAAAAAGAAGUAUCUGGUCAACUCCAAAAAAGAGACGCCAGACAAAAAGCCUCCCAAAAGAUCUGGCGGUGGAAACGGAAAGAGGAGAGCCAGCUCAAGACCACCUUGGAGGGAAAGCCUCACCUGGGCCCAGAAUCCAAGAGACGCUCCAAGUGGUGGAUCAGACAACUCAAAGGAAGGGCGAUUCAACCAAGAAGUCAAACUUGACUACAAGGGUCCAAAAGGCAAGCACUGAAUGUGCCCAAACCUCUGGACCAGAAGAAAUCAGUGAUGACUGUUCAGAAACAAAUGAAGAAAAGAGACCCCAGGAGCCGCCCGGCACACCACUAAGCAUCCUGCAUGAUCCAACAAAGAAUGGAAAUAAAUCACCUUUGGGAAAAUCUCCUGGGGAAAAGCCCUCACCUGAGCACAGAAUCCAAGAGAAUCUCCAAGUGAUGGAUCAGGCAACUGAAAGGAAGGAUGAUUGGAGGAGCUCAAAGGUCAUGACAAGGGCCCAAAAGGCAAGGACUGAAUGUGUUCAAACCUUGGAACCAAAGGAAAAGAGAAGGAAAGAAGAUAUCAGUUCAAGUUCAACAAGGCAUCAGAAAAAUAUUCCCCUGAAGAAAAAAUCUGAAGAUGAAACCGUGGAUUUUCUCUCUCCCAAACUUCCUGUGACCUGUGGUGAAGCCAAGGGGAUUUUAUAUAAGGAGAAAUUGAAACAAGGAUCCUCAGAGAAGUGCAUUCAGAAUGAGGCGGGGGUUUGGUUCACACCCAAAGAAUUUGAAAUUGAAGGAAAACAGGCAAAUUCAAAGAAAUGGAAGCAGACUGUGCGUUGCAAAGGAAAGACCUUAGGAGAGCUGAUAAAGAAAGGACUUUUGCUGUGUCCUCCAAGAAUAAGUGUCAAGAGACAGUGGGAAAACUUCAAGGAAUGUGAGGUGUGCUGUAGAGGGGGACCACUGCUCUGCUGUGACACUUGUCCAAGAGCCUUUCAUGAGGACUGUCACAUCCCGCCUGCAGAGGCAGAGAGGAGCCCGUGGAGCUGCACCUUCUGCAGGAUAGAGUCUUUGCGAAGGCAGCAGUGUCAUGGGGAGUCUGAGGCCCUUGAGAGGCAGAUGCAGCCCGAGGAGCAGCUGAAGUGUGAGUUCCUCCUGUUGAAGGCCUACUGUCAUCCACAAAGCUCCUUUUUUGCAGAAACCCCACAUAACAUUCGAGAUUAUGGAGAGCCCUUUAAGGAAGCCAUGUGGCUGGACUUGGUUAAGGAAAGGUUGACUGAGCAAGUGUACACAGUGGCGUGGUUUGUUCGGGACAUGCGGCUGAUCUUUCGCAAUCAUAAAACAUUUUACAAGGCUUCUGACUUGGGUCAGAUAGGAUUGGACUUGGAGGCAGAAUUUGAAAAGAACCUCAAAGAAGUGUUUAUUUUUUCCAAAGCCAAUUGAGAACAGUUUCCAGACUCUUUGUUCUAGAAAGUCUGAGGCACUCCAACUUCAGGAUCCAGAUGAUGUGACUCUGGCCAUCUUUAGACUGCCAGUGAGUCUGGUAUGUUAUUGUGUGGAGGCCGAGAAAAAGUAAGGCCAUUCCACCUCAAUUUAGCAUUAGCACAGGGAGGAUUUUUCGGAAUUUUGCACCUGGCUCAGUGGUUGAGCAUCUGCCUUCAGCUCAGGGCGUCAUCCCAGAGUCCAGGAUCAAGGCCCCAUCAGGCUCCUUGCAGGGAGCCUGCCUCUCCCUCUCUCUGUCUCAUGAAUAAAUAAAUAAAAUG